UCUCAGUAUCAACUUAAACAUGGCUGAGGAGCAAGAUUUGCGUGCACCAGUGAGCAAGUGGAAGAUGCCUGUUGGCGUUUUCUUCAAAGAUGCAAGGCGGGUUUUCAAGUGGGAUAUUCUUGGUAAGGAGAUCCUAGAUAUUGCAUUACCUGCUGCUCUGGCUACAGCUGCUGAUCCUAUCGCUUCUUUGAUUGACACGGCAUUCAUAGGUCACAUAGGUCCGGUGGAACUUGCAGCAGCAGGAGUAUCUAUUGCCCUGUUCAAUCAAGCUUCAAGAAUUACUGUAUUCCCAUUGGUCAGUAUUACAACUUCCUUCGUUGCUGAGGAAGACACUGUUGCAAAAAUGAACAUGAAAUCAGAAAAAGGUGAGCAAUUGCAAAAGGCAGACAUGCUUGAUGACUUGGAAAAAGGGGCUGCUAAACCAAAUGGUACAGCUAAAGAAAAUGGUAAGCAUCUGGGAAAUGUAAAGAUGGAAGAGGCUUCUGCUGAGGAUGAUGAGCAUGUGGCGGUAGGAAAAGGUGCACCUGAGGCGAAAGGUGAGAGCUCAGACAACGGAUUACUUGAAAGCAGUGAAGCAAACAAAGCCAUAGAGGAAAAUGUUAAGCUCGAGAAGGCAGAGAAGGGUGCUGCUAAAAACAGUAAUCCACUAGAAAAUGGUUCGAGAACAACAGUUGACGAGCUCCCUUCUGAUCUUAUGAGCACCAAUAAGAAGGAAAAAAUCAAGAAACAGAAGCGACAUAUUGCUUCAGCAUCGACAGCACUCAUCUUUGGGACAAUACUUGGCCUUUUGCAAGCUAUAUUUAUCAUUUUUUCAACUAAAGUUCUUCUGGGUGUCAUGGGUGUGAAAUCAGAUUCCCCUAUGCUAGCCCCAGCACAGAAGUACUUGAAAAUUAGAUCGAUUGGUGCACCUGCAGUUCUUCUCACAUUGGCCAUGCAAGGGAUCUUCCGAGGUUUUAAGGAUACCAAAACUCCUUUAUAUGUCAUUGUUGUGGGAUAUGGAGUUAACAUUGCCUUGGAUCCACUGCUCAUCUUUGUCUGUGGCUUGGGCAUCAGAGGUGCAGCUUUGGCACAUGUUCUUUCUCAGUACUUGAUGGCACUGGUACUCUUCAUAAUCUUAACCAAAAAAAUUGAUCUCUUACCUCCAAGUAUUAAAGAUUUGCAGUUUGGUCGGUUUCUGAGGAAUGGUACUCUGUUGUUGGCAAGGGUGGUUGCUGUGACCUUCUGUGUGACCUUGGCAGCAUCGCUGGCCGCCCGGGAAGGUCCAACUCCUAUGGCUGCAUUUCAGACUUGCCUGCAGGUUUGGUUGACAUCAUCUCUUCUUGCGGAUGGCUUGGCUGUUGCAGGGCAGGCUAUUCUAGCAUGUGCAUUUGCUGAGAAAGACUACAAGAAGGCCAUAGCCACCGCAACCAGGGUAUUACAGAUGAGCUUUAUCCUUGGUGUGGGGCUUACUUUUGUUGUCGGAAUUGGUUUGUACUUUGGAGCUGGAAUCUUUUCUAGGGAUGUCAAUGUUUUGCACCUUAUAAGGAUUGGCCUCCCGUUUGUAGCAGCCACACAACCGAUCAAUUCACUGUCUUUUGUCUUUGAUGGUGUGAACUUCGGAGCAUCUGACUUUGCGUAUUGUGCAUACUCCUUGGUUCUGGUGGCCAUAGCAAGCAUUGUAUCCUUGUUCCUUCUCUCCAAAUCCCAUGGUUUCAUUGGAAUUUGGAUUGCUUUAACCAUCUAUAUGGCGCUGCGUACAUUUGCUGGUGUAUGGAGGAUGGGGACUGGAACAGGGCCUUGGCGCUUUCUCAAGGGUCGAUCACCACCAUAG